AUGUCAAAGCCAGAGCCCAUAGCGAUUUGCGGCAUUGGGCUGCGGUUACCAGGCGGCAUCAAUACCCCAACAGCGCUAUACAAUUUCCUCAUCAACCGCCAAGAUGCCCGCUCCAAACCAGAUCAUCCGCGAUACAGCUCGCAAAACCACCAUUUCACAGCAAGCGGGAAGUCAGGGCACUUGCCGACCGACGAAGGAUACUGGCUCUCGCAAGAUGAUGUCUCAAAGUUUGACCCCUCGAUGUUUUCUAUGAAUCCCAAGGAGUUACUCAAACUAGACCCUCAGCAGCGGCUGCUUCUGCAAGUCGUCUGGGAAGCGCUGGAAAGUGCUGCCGAAACAGAGUGGCAGGGUCAGAAGAUUGGGUGUUAUGUUGGCAGUUUUGGGGACGACUGGCGCGAAAUGCACGCGGUCGAUGCUCAAGACGACGGCAUGUAUCGCUUGACAGGAUACCUGGAUUUUGUGCAGGCAAAUCGCAUUUCUCAUGCUUUUGAUCUACGAGGUCCAAGCAUGACCGUCCGCACAGCAUGCUCAGCCGCCGGUUUAGCAGUACACUUGGCCUGCCAGGCGAUACGCGGCGGAGAAUGCGACUCAGCAAUCGUCGCCGGGGCGAAUUUGAUGCUCUCGCCAGGGUUCACCAAGCUAAUGGCCGAGCAAAGCGUGCUCUCGCCCGAUGCCUCGUGUAAGACAUUUGACGCCAGCGCCAACGGCUAUGCCCGUGCAGAAGCCGUCAACUGCCUCUAUAUCAAAAGGCUUGACUGCGCGAUUCGCGACGGGAAUCCGAUUCGUGCCAUCAUCCGUGGAUCAGCAACGAACUCUGACGGCAGAACGCUCGGCCUAACCACACCAAGUGCACAAGCACAGCAGCAGCUGAUACGCGAUGCAUACAGACACGCAGGCAUAUCAGAAAACGAGAUGUGGCAGACCGCUAUGGUCGAAUGCCACGGCACCGGCACGGCUGUGGGUGAUACCAUCGAGGCGUGCACAGUUGGCGCAGUGUUUGGAGACAAGGGAAUGCUCAUCGGAUCAAUCAAACCCAACCUGGGCCAUUCUGAAGCAGCUUCGGCUAUUUCGAGCAUAAUCAAGGCAGUUGUGUCUUUGGAAAUGAAAACCAUUAUACCUAACAUCAAAUUCGAUACCCCUAGUGUCAGCAUUCCUUUCGCGUCGGCAGGCCUGAAGGUGCCUACGGAACCGCAGUCUUGGCCUGAACAAAGGGCAGAGAGAAUCGGUGUCAAUAGCUUUGGAAUCGGAGGCACCAAUGUCCAUAUUAUCUUAGAAUCUGCCGCGACAGUAGGAAGUCCGACCACUAUUCGAAGCCGCGGAAAUGUCGAGACCCCGCCUCCCUCACCUCCUCUGAGAAGAGACCCAGCGACGCUACUACUGUUCUCCGCGGGACACGAAGAAUCACUCAAGAGGGCUGUGAACCAAUACCAAGAGCUUCUUCGAGUUAGUCCUGCAAAGUUGGAAGACCUCUCAUACACGUUGAUUCAUCGCCGCUCUCAUCUAGCGCACCGCACCUUUGCUGUAGUUACUGAUGACUGCGACCAAUUGGCUUUCACGCUUCCUCCCACUCCUAGUUUCCGCUCCAGCUCAUUAACUGAGGGGAUUGCUUUUAUUUUCACCGGCCAAGGCGCCCAAUGGGCCCGGAUGGGUGCGCAUCUGAUGAAAAGUAGCAGAGACUUCCUUCAAGACAUUAGGGAAAUGGACGCCGUCUUAAAGAGCCUCUCGCAAGAACACCGUCCAAGCUGGAAUAUUAGAAACGAGCUGAUGAGAUCGGAUUCCACGUCUCGCCUUGGGGAAGCAGAGUUGGCGCAACCCAUUUGCACUGCGGUCCAGAUUGCCUUGACUAGACACCUGGCCAGAUAUGGAAUUACGCCCAAGGCAGUUGUCGGUCAUUCCAGCGGUGAAAUAGCAGCUGCAUACGCGGCCGGUGUUCUCACGCUCAAAGAAGCAGUCAUCGUCGCUUACUACCGCGGUUUCAUGGUCAAGAAGUUGAAAACCCAAGGCUCUAUGGCGGCCGUCGGACUAGGAAGAGAGCAGGUUACACCAUUCUUAGUGCCGAAAGUCGUCAUCGCUUGUGAAAACAGCAGCUCAAGUGUGACUCUGUCCGGAGACACGGAUGCCCUUGAGACGGUUUGCAGCGCAAUCAGGUCUGCUCGGCGAGAUGCUCUGGUCCGUAUGCUCAAGGUUGACAAGGCAUACCAUUCUCAUCACAUGCGUGCAGUCGGCAUCGAGUACCAGUCUCUCCUCAAGCCACACCUCAGUCCAAAGUCGCCAAACGUUGCAUUCCACUCCAGCGUCUCAUCCCAAAUUCUCGAACGUGGCUCCGACUUUGGCGCCGAGUACUGGCAGCGGAAUCUGGAAUCACCUGUACUCUUCCGACAAGCUGUAGUACAACUUCUCCAAACAUCAUCGACGACGCUGCAUCUCGAAGUUGGACCGCACUCAGCACUGGCCGGCCCCUUGAAGCAGAUUUACACAGAGAUGGCCAUCUCCCCAUUCUAUCUAUCCAUUCAAAAGCGAGGCUCAAAUAGUGCGGCAGACUUUCUUGCUACUCUUGGCGAGCUGCACUGCCGAGGCGUUCCCGUCAAGUUUCCCAUUCCGGACGGGGUUCGGCCGUUGACAGACCUGCCCCCCUACCCGUGGCAUCUGAGCAAGGCUUUCUGGCCAGAUUCACCCGUCACAAAUGCCUGGCAGUUCCCUGAACACCCACCACACGAGCUUCUCGGAUCACGCACAUUGAUAAGCCCGAGUACAGCACCGAGUUGGAGGCAUCGUCUCUCACUUGACAACGUUCCCUGGGUUGGGGACCAUUGCGUCGGCUCGGAUGUGGUUUUCCCAGCUGCCGGGUACAUCGCGAUGGCUGGUGAAGUCAUCCGGCAGCUUUCUGGGCAGUCGUCUUACACUAUUCGUGACUUGCGAAUCUCGAACGCUCUGGUUCUCUCGCAGGGUAGCAAAGUCGAGCUAUUGACUUCCACGAGAAGGGAAGAGCUCACUUGCGAGGAGUCUUCGGAGUGGUGGGAGCUCACGAUUCAGAGCUGCACCUCAUUCGGCACAUUGACAACGCACUGCAGAUGUCGUGCUCGAGGUGGCCGCGUGUCCACGGGUCCGGACUUCACUGGACUUGACGCAAAAUCCUUCCUUCGGUCUGUUGAGCCAUCGCGAUGGUACAAAUCCAUGUCGCGAGUGGGAUACAACUAUGGCCCGGAGUUCCGAGGCAUGAAAAAGAUUUGUGCAAGCGUCAAUUUGUCAGCUGUAGCGGUCGAUGUUUCUGAUGAGAGAGAUACGCCUGAGCACCAGGGUCGCUAUUCGUUGCACCCCAUCACGAUCGAUCAGGUGCUCCAGUCGCUCAUCGUCGCUAAUCACUCCGGUGAACCCCGCUUGCUAGAAAGACUGUAUUUGCCGACCCAUAUUGAUGAGCUAUUCGUCACAUCGGAAGCUUCAACGAAAAGACUUUCGCUCCAGAGUGUGAAAUCUGGUGGUGACGGAGACUAUCAAGGGGAUUGCUUAGGGACAGUUUGUGAUGGUCCCGGAGCUGAACCCACCGUCUUCAUUAAAGGCCUUCGACUCUCGCCAGUCGAUCUAGAUGAUACCGGUGCCAGCGCAGCGGAUAGUUCGAAGGUUGCAGUCAUGUCUUGGGAACGAGACGUUAACAUGAUGGAUUCUGCGGACUUGGUGUCGUCUGCUUCCGACCCAUUCUUCCCAGAGACACACCAACUUCUCGAGGAGCUCUUUGUACUUUGCGGUGCAGCAGCACUCAAGCAGUUAGACGAAAGAGGCAUACUUAUCAGCGAGACUCAGACACAUUUGGCGAAGCAUCACACCUGGCUGCGCUCCCACAGCAGCAAGUCUAGCUCACCGCUACUUGACCUGGGCGCCGAACAGAUUUGUGCGAAGAUAGCUGACAUCGUGUCAAGGCUCAAAGAUACCUCUGCAUCUGCAGUGGCUAUUCUUAUAGAGCGCUGCUACACUCAUGCCUCGGGACUUUUCAACGGCACAAUCAGCCCUCUCGAGAUAUUCCUCAAAGACAACGCACUUCACGAACUGUAUGACUGGAUGAAUACCCUCUUUAUCUACAAGCCCCUCCUACAAUUGCUGUCCCAUAAACGAGGUCGCCACCUGAGGAUUCUCGAGAUCGGCGCCGGAACUGGAGGUCUGACUUCCCGGAUACUGAAAGAUCUGAAAGACUGCUUCGAGGAUGGCAACGUCCUCGGAACCUACGUUUUCACAGAUGUUUCUGCUGGGUUCUUCCCGGCAGCGAAAGAGCGCUUUCAUGAUAUUACUCCCGGAUUCUUGAACUAUCGUGUCUUGGACAUUAGUCGCGAUCCAGCUGAUCAGGGAUUCGGUGGUGAAGAGUACGAUCUCAUCGUUGCGAGCAACGUGCUCCAUGCCACUCCAAAACUGAACGAGACUUUGAAAAAUGUCAGAUCACUGCUAAAGCCUGACGGAAGACUAAUGAUGCACGAGCUUUGCUGCAACACGAAAUGGAUCAACUUCAUCAUGGGUUAUCUUCCAGGAUGGUGGCUCGGCGACUCUGAUUGCCGCUCGGAAGAGCCUUACAUCUCUCCUGAGCAAUGGGAGGAGCGUCUAUCUAUGGCUGGAUUCUCAACGCCAGAGGUAAUCUACGAUGCUGAGCCACAACAUAAGCUUAACGCAACCAUUAUCGCUCGCCCUGUUGCGACAAAUGACCUUGCCAGCAUGGACUCACAGCAUAUAACACUACUAUGCGAAGAAGAGUUUGAUCCGGUGGGGGCUGAGGUUGGCCAAGUUCUGAGAGGUCUCGGUCACACUAUCAGCAUUUCCACGCCAGGCUGCGAUAACUUACGUGCUGGUAGCGUAGUAGUGUCGAUAGUUGACCUAUGCCGUGGUGACGGCUAUUUCCACGACAUGACGCAAACCAAGCUAGACAGUCUCAAGGGGCUUCUGAAGCAUCUGCAGGACUCGGAUUCGAGCCUACUCUGGCUUACACGGCCUUGCCAGUCCGGUUCGGUGGAUCCGACCUUUGCCCUGGUGCUCGGCAUCGCGAGAACAGCAAGAGUUGAGAUGGGUGUGCAAUUUGCCACCAUGGAGCUUGACAGUGUUGACGGAGAUUCUUUGCAAGCUGUUUGUCAGGUCUUGAGGAAGAUAUUUUCCCAGAACGUGGCCUUGACUUCGAAAAUGGGUCAAGAUAUGGAAUUCUCUUACUUCUUGGGCCGCAUUCACAUUCCACGAUGCAAGUGGACGCCGAUUUCUCGCGCUCUUGUAUCCGAGGUUCCAGCCUUUUCCAGCAAGAUGGUGCAAAUCUCGAGACCUGGGUCCCUUCAAACUCUUCAUUGGGUACCUCGCCAGCUGUCUGAAGACAUUCCAUCCGACCACGUCAAGAUUGACGUCCGCGCAGCAGGUCUCAACUUUAAAGAUGUCGUCACAGCCAUGGGCCUGAUCAAACCUUCGGCUCCAAAAGGACUCGGAUGUGAAGCCAGCGGUAUCGUUAAAUCAGUCGGAACCUCUGUGACGAAUGUUCGCGUGGGUGAUCGCGUCAUGGUCUUCGCGCCCGAGGCGGCUUGCUUCUCCACGGAGAUACUAGCCCCGGCCCAGCUUUGCGUAGCCGUUCCUGACACUCUCAGCUUUACUGAUGCGGCGGGUAUUCCGUGCAUAUUCACCACUGUUCUAAGAGCCCUGGUAGAUAAAGCCGGUCUCCGGGCUGGUCAAACUGUGCUUAUUCACAGCGCGGCCGGUGGUGUUGGUAUUGCGGCUUUGCAAGUAGCUCGGUGGAUUGGAGCAACAGUCUACGCGACCGUAGGCAACGAUGAAAAGGCAGAUUUUCUUGUCAGGGAGUGGAAUGUCCCCAAGGAGCACAUUUUCUCUUCUCGAGACGUCAGCUUCGUGGAGGGCAUAAAAGCAGUGACUGGUGGCGUCGGCGUUGACGUUGUGUUGAACUCCUUGUCUGGGGAGCUUCUCCAUGCAUCGUGGAACUGUGUCGCUCCUCAUGGUACCUUUGUCGAACUUGGGAAGAAAGACACCUUGGCGGGUGGAAAACUUGCCAUGGUGGCCUUUGAUGGAAAUCGGUCCUUCACUGGUGUCGAGAUGGCGAAUCUGGCCGCUGAGAGCCCCGCCAUCAUUUCUCGCUUGUUACAACAAUGUGUUGACUUGUACCGACAAGGCCACAUCCAGUCCAUUAAGCCGGGUAAGGCCUUUGCAUGCAAUGAGACUGAAAAUGCCUUUCGAUACUUGUACCAGGGUACUCACAUUGGAAAGGUGGUUAUCGACAUGACCGAGACAGAUGAGGAGGCAUUGAAGGUCUCUCAAGCGCCGUCGAUUCCCAGGUUCCGCGAACAAGCUACUUACGUACUUGUCGGUGGCAUGGGUGGUCUUGGGCGUACAGUCGCACGAUGGAUGGCCUCCCACGGUGCCAAAAGUCUGGUCUUCAUCUCGAGAUCCGCCGGGCGUAGCGAUGAUGAUCAAGCUCUGUUGUCAGAACUUCAAUAUGCAGGUUCCGAGGCUGAAGCAAUACCAUGCGACAUAGCGAACGAGACGCUCAUGCAAGCGGUAAUUUCCAGACUCGCUUCAUCCAAGCGUAUCGCAGGCGUUCUGAACCUGGCAAUGGUGCUUGCCGAUGGUGCAGUUUCUGACCUUACACUGUCGCGCUGGCAAACGGCGACAUCACCCAAGAUACGUGGGACGUGGAACCUCCACCAUGCCCUACCUCACGAUCUUGACUUCUUCGUGCUCUUUGGUAGCACAUCAGGUGUACACGGGUACCCAGGUCAAGCAAACUACGCUGCUGCGAAUACCUUUCUCGACGCGUUCAACCAAUACCGCCGCGGUCUAGGACUGCCUUGCUCGAUAAUUGACUUGGGGGGCGUCGAGGACGUGGGGUAUGUCAGUCGCUCACAACAUGUCGAGGAUGCCAUGAAGAAAUCCGGCUCCAAGUUGGUUUCUGAGGCUGAUAUGCUCCGAGGUCUUCAACUUGCCAUCGCUCAAAGUCAACAAGUCACAGUAAACGCAGGGAUUAGAACAUAUCAUCCAGCCUCAAAUGGGCAGGUGGUACUUGGCCUUGACUGCACCACACCCAUCGAUGAUCCUGGAAAUCGAGUGGCAUGGAAGCACGAUUCUCGCAUGAACCUUUAUCCAGACAUUGCAGAGAAUGAGCAGGCCUCGCGGAAAGAGACAGGAUCGUCAUGCCUAGCUGAGUUUCUAUCCAGUUUGCAUUCAAGGCCAGAAGACGUUGAAACCACAGCGUCUACGUCAUAUCUCGCACAGGAGAUCGCCCGCCGGGUGUUUGGGUUUCUCAUGCGUGAGGUGGAAGAGGGCGGUAUUGAUACUGCUCUUUCCCCUUCCGCCCUUGGAGUCGACUCCCUGAUGACCAUUGAGAUUCGCAACUGGUGGAAACACAAUUUGGGUGUGGAAAUUAGUGUGAUGCAGUUGACGAGCGCCCAGAGCUUUGAUCAACUUGGACAAUUGGCCGGGAAGCAGCUGAGAGGGAAGAUUACUGCGCUGUCGAAGAAAUAG